AUGUCGUCCCCGACAUCACCCACGUCGGAAAGUGCAGGACCUUUUCAGACGACCGAGACCGGUAGUUCUGUACCUUUCAUCGAUCGAGAUUCUUCCAAUGAAACCAAGCAUCCCAGGUACUAUUUCGACGAUGGUUCAAUCGUGGUUCUGGCCGGAAGAUUCAAGUACCGCCUCCACCAGUACUUAUUCUCCAGAGACUCGCCCUAUUUCGCGAACGUCUUCGCCCAUUGCAUGCCCUCCGAGCCUCUCAAUCUGGCUGACAAGAAAUCAUCUGAUUUCGACGCUUUCCUGUCUGUGCUGUACUCGACAUGCUAUCGCCCGCCCGAUAUCACUUCUGUGGAUGAAUGGUCGGCUGUUCUGCGCCUCGCCACCGAGUGGUCGUUCGACGGCAUUUGCAACCUCGCCAUUGAACGUCUCGAACUCAUCGCUAGCCCCAUUGAGAAGAUCAUUCUGAGCCAUUCACACUCCAUUCCCAACUGGCUCCCAGCAGCUUACGUCUCGCUGUGUCGGCGUCCCCACCCACUUACAGCUGCAGAGAUCAGAGCUAUCGAGGCGGAAGACGUCGAGGUGGUGAUGUCUGUCCGGGAGACCAUGCUUCGUGCAGGGCUACCGUUAGAAGUGAGCGAAAUUAUUGCUCUCAUCGCCAAAUCCAUCAAGUCUGCUACGAAUGCAGCGACUCUCACACCCCCCGAUCCUAUCCCGGAGGUCACAAACAUGGCGGCUUUUCCACGUUCCAAUCCCAUUCCAGCGACUACAAAGGCAGACGCUUCCCCGCGCGCUGAUUCUGUCCCACCUUCCAAUCCUAUCCCGGAGGUCAAAGACACGGCGGAAGUGACAUUGGCCGAGCCCGGGACUGAGGCCGCGAAAGUGCAGAAGCUCUACUUCGAGAUUCAUCGUCGAUUCGAUUCUGCCAGUCUUCUCCUUCUUGCCUCUGCAGACAGCACGCAAAAUAUCGCCUCUAGAACACUAGCACACGUUCUGUCCUCAGUGGUACAAACAGAAGUUGUACCACUCCUGGAGAAGUUGACACCGGAUAACAUCGACCCCAUCGCACGCGAAAUAGCCCAGUGGAUCGACCUUACAACGCGGUAUAAUAACUCUGUGACUCUCCAGCAGAUUAUUGACCUGGUCUACGACAAGGCAACGAGCGAUCGGGCGUCCGCACGAGUAUGCAGUCUACUGUGCCAACAACUUACGGGCGAGAUCCCGGCAAAUUUUCAACGUCCUGGGGACAGAGAUUACGAGGGAGGAGCUCGGUUCCGUGACUGUCUCCUUGAUAAAUGCCUCAGAGAAGCCAAGAGCACUCGCCUGAAGAUGGGCACGGCGACACAAGGCUCGGAAGAAUUAAGUGCGAUAGAAUUAUCAAGUUGCGACGACGAAGACGCACUUUCCGUCGCACACGAAUGCGAAUAUGCCGCAGUCCACUUCAUUGGUGAACUGUUGGUGGUGGGAGUCUUGGCCAUCGACGAUCCCUUCCGCUGUCUCGACAACAUAGUUCCCGAAUAUUGCACGGAAUCUCCUAGCGACGAAGAGGCUCGAUUGGUCUGCGCGUUUUUAUUGACGGUUGGGCCGUGCCUUCCCCGCGCCAACUACGACAUAUGUAAGCGCAUGAAUCGGUACCUCUGUUUCGUUAAGAAGGUUGGUGCUGAGGGCCAUAGUGCACAGACGGCCGCUUUGGUGGAGAAAUUCUCGCGGAUGCAACGUGACUCAGACGUCUGGCCCGCAACACCAUAG